CCUGCCAGUCACGUGCCCCGGGGAGGCGCAGGCAGGGGCAGAAGCGCGCGCCGUCGAGCGCCAGGCCGGAGGGUCCCGCGGGCGCAGCCCAGCAGGACUCUCCUAUCACAUCGCAUUGCAGGACUUCGCCCACUGAGAACCUGGCAGAGGCAUUUUGGAGGCAGCUAACAGUGCAAAAGGUGUGCGUGGCUGGAUCGUCUUCACUGGGUGAUCUUUGAGAUCUCCACUUUCCCCCCUCUCCCGGCUGGGGAGGAGGGCAAUGGCAGGCUCCAGUCAGCUAGCAUUCCUGUUGACAGUCUCGCUCCAGUUCUUGGUAACUUCUGUGUUUGGCCAAGGAAACAACACAACGGAACCCACAUCUGUCUCUCCUCCAUAUCGCCUUUCGAGCUCAGAGCUAGCGGCUGCCAUCGCGGUGCCGUCCGUCUUUUGUGCGCUCCUGCUGAUUGGCCUUCUGAUCUUUAUGGGACUCAAAAUCCGAGAGAAACGCCAGACUGAAGGCACCUACCGGCCCAGCAGCGAAGAGCAGGUAGGAUACUCUGCCCAAUCGAAUCCAACAGUUACUAAAAAUGUGUGACUCCGGAACCAGAAGUGAAGCUGCUGCCCCUGUACAAUCCAAGUGUUGUGUCGGACUUGGCUACUCAGUGGCUGAGUUCCACGCUGCCACUUCCCCCAGUGGGCUUGGCCACUUGCAAACAGACACCUCUCCUGUUGGGAUGCUUCAGAACGGACUCCUCCUUGCCUGAGCAUAUAGGGGGAAUGGGUGGACCUUGCAGCAUAACAGGGGAAGGAGAUGUCUCUUCUCCAGGGGCUUCAUCUUGCCAUUGUAAUCUCCUCCAUUCAUUUCUCUGUCUCAUCAAAACCCUCCCUCCCCCUGUUUUGUAAAUUAAACUGAUUUCCAGUAUUACUGUCUUUCUGCUUCCCUGUCCUUUUGGCUCUGAACUGCACCGGAGAGCAAGCAACAGCUUCUUCUCCUGCCCUGCCCUUUGUCAAUUUGAGCACGGCUGUAUACUUGACUAUUCCUCCUUGGGUGUUGGAGGUCAACAGCAUAAGGCACCCACCCAGGUCAGUUUCCCUGAUCCCAUUGCUGCACACUUCCACACUGAAACUGGGAGGAGGAGGAGUCAGCUUCAUGUGUUCGUGUGGUUACUCCAGCAGUUGUCCAUGGUCAGCAAGGAAGGGAACUCAUUGUUGCAGGUUUUGUAAAUUUAUCUGAACAGAUAUGGAGCUGCCUUGCCAGCUGUCUGAACACACACAGCCAAAAGGAAACCAGAGUCUUGAAGAAAUGCUCUGGUCCCAAGAGAGCACAACAUUCAAAAACCAGUGGGGGAACAUUUUAACUUUCCAGGACAUUCAGUUGCUGACCUAAAAGGAGCAGCUCUCCUGAAGAGGAAUUUCAAAGGGAGAUUAGAAAGAGGGACUGCUGAACUGGCAACUGAUAGUGAAGCUCAGGACAAUGCAUC